AUGGGUAUGGCAGCAGAACCGCAGUUUCACGUAUUAGCUGUUGAUGAUAGUUUAUUCGAUCGUAAAUUUAUAGAGAGGUUGCUUCAAAAGGCUUCGUGUCAAGGUAAUAAUGUCUUUGUAGCUUGUAAGAAUCGAAGAAAGAUCUCAGCUUUUUUUUUGGGUGUUUUUGCAGUAACAACUGUUGAUUCAGCGUAUAAGGCUUUAGAGUUUCUGGGUUUAAGAGAAAGUGUUGAGAGUAACGACCCAGAUGCAGUUUCUACGUCUCCUGAAAUUCUUCACCAGGAAUCGUCAGCUUUUAAUAACAUACCAGUAGUAAUAAUGUCCUCUGAGAAUGUUCCCGCAAGGAUCAGCAGUUGUUUAGAAGAAGGAGCUGAGGAGUUUUUCUUGAAACCAGUAAGAUUGGCUGAUCUCAACAAGUUGAAACCUCUUAUGAUGAAAACAAAGUUGAAGAACCAUAAGCUGGAAGAGAUUGAAAAGCCAUCAAAAGACGAAAAUGGAACCGUACUAGCAGCAGCAGUUGAACCAGAGGUCAAAAGCUUGCCUCUGAAGUCAGAACUAGAAACGAAACAAAUUCAUUUGCAAGUAGUCCAACAAGAGGAGCAAACAUUGAGUGGCAACAAGAGGAAGUCGGUGGAAGAAGGGCUAUCAACAGAUAGAUCACGUCCUAGAUUUGAGGGUAUCACAACAGCUGUUUGAUUCUAUCGCCAUGAUGCUUCUUUUUUUUUUUGGUUUCUUGAUUUUAGAGUUUUGUAGGGAUGCUUCUGCUGAUUACAUGGUUUUAAUAGGGAAUGCAGAGAAUGGAAUAUAGAUGAAUGAUAAAGAAUCAAUGAUGAUGUAUGGGGAUAAUGUGUAUAUGUCAUCAGUAAAUAACUCAGUUACC